AAGAUGCAGACCAAGAGGAGCGCCUGGACCCCCCUGAACCAUCCACCCACCAACAGGAAGGUGUUCGAAGAGAGACGACGCCUUCUGGCAAAGUGGUUUGACAGGUGGUCCGGCGGCCAGAGGAAGGAGGUGCUGCAGGACUUGGUAGUGAGCUGCUCUGCAGAGCAGCUCCGGUUCCUGAGCCUGGCCGUGAGCAGACGGCUCCCCCUGCAGGCCGCAGACUUCACCUGCCUGCUGCCCAGAGCCGUCUGCCUCUACCUGUUCUCCUUCCUGGACCCGCGCAGCCUCUGUCGGUGCGCCCAGGUGAGCUGGCACUGGAGGGGCGUGGUGGAGCUGGACCGGCUCUGGAUGCCCAGGUGUGUGAAGCUGGGCUGGUGCGUAGACGUCGCCCCGACGCCGUUCGAGCAGGGAGCCUGGAAGAGACUCUACAUCCGGUCUGUGCAGGAGCUGCGACUCCACCGGCGGCAGACGGUUUCUUCCCGGCAGCACCUGACAGGUCCUGGCGCGCCAGGAGUCGGUGCUGGACUCAAAGAGGCGGCCCGUGACGGCGAGCAGCACCCGGCGUCAGGAUUAAAAACACAGAGGCUGCCACCGUGGAGAGACUCUGACAGACGCCCCAAAGAUACGAUCCGCUUCAACUACCUGGACAACCUGGACCCCAUCGAACGGGUGCCGAGCGCGAGCUCCGGUUCUUCCAAGACGCCGUCGGAGGCCACCUACAAACUACGCAAAGCCAAGUCCCUGAUGUUCCUCAGCACCCCUUCCCCUCCUUCCCCUCCUCCUCCCGCCCAGAUUCACCCCCCGCGGACACAUGGCCCUCAGAACCACCUCAUCGCCAGGGAGACCGCCGAGCGCCUGCUCGGCCCGGCCCAGAGGAAUGCUGGGAUCCGGCCAAGGCCGGCGAGGACGCCGAUGCCUCAGCUGAGCACGGAGGCGCUCAGAGCCUUCCGGCGCUCAAACAGGAGCCUUCCCAGUAAGUGAUCACU